CAAAUUUUAAAAUAGGGGAAAUACUCCGAACAGGUUGACAGGCUUGUAAAACUGGAAAGUCAAGGAAGGUUGUCGCGAUCAAUCACACUCAAUUGCAAGCAAUAACUCGUCUUCCUCUGCGAUCAUGACGUCUCAAUUCCCCACAAAGAAGUGUGGCGUCCUCGGCGCAACCGGUUCCGUCGGCCAGCGCUUCAUCCUCCUUCUCCAACAGCACCCAUCCUUCACCCUCGUCGCAGUCGGCGCCUCAUCCCGGUCCGCCGGCAAGGCCUACAAGGAUGCCGUGCGCUGGAAGCAGUCCUCCCCUAUGGUCCAGGCCGUUGCCGACCUGGUGGUCCGCGAGUGCCGCCCGUCCGAGUUUGCAGACUGCGACGUCGUCUUCUCGGGCCUCGACUCGGACGUGGCCGGUGAGGUCGAGAUGGCGUUCCUCAAAGCAGACCUGGCCGUCUUCUCCAACGCCAAGAACUACAGACGCGACCCGCUGGUCCCCCUCGUCGUCCCCACCGUCAACCUACCGCACCUGAGCAUGAUCCCGCACCAGCGCAAGCACCACGGCUUGGGCAAGGGAUUCCUGGUCUGCAACAGCAAUUGUGCCGUCAUCGGGCUCGUCAUCCCCUUCGCGGCGCUGCAGGCUCGCUUCGGCCCCAUCGAGACCGUCUCGGUCGUCACCAUGCAGGCCGUCUCGGGCGCCGGCUACCCGGGCGUCUCGUCCAUGGACAUCAUCGACAACGUGGUGCCCUACAUCGCCGGCGAGGAGGACAAGCUCGAGAGUGAGGCCCGCAAGAUCCUCGGCGGCAUCAACGCCGAGGCCACCGCCUUUGAGGAGCAGACUUCGAUGCGCGUCAGCGCCAGCUGCAACCGCGUCCCCGUGCUCGACGGCCACACGGCUUGCGUCUCGCUGCGCUUCGCAAACAGGCCCCCACCCCCGGCCGAGGCCGUCAAGGCCGCCAUGGCCACGUACGUGAGCGAGGCCGAGUCCCUGGGCUGCCCGUCUGCGCCCUCACCAUCCAUAAUGGUGUUUGAGGAGGCGGAUAGGCCCCAGCCCAGGCUUGAUAGGGAUCUGUCGAGGGGUUACACCGUCAGCGUGGGCCGGGUCCGCGAGGACGAGAGCGGAAUUUUUGACAUCAAGUUUGUUGCAUUGAGCCACAACACCGUAAUUGGAGCAGCAGGAUCUUCCAUUCUGAAUGCCGAGGCAGCCGUUCUGAAGGGCUACCUAUGAGUGUAGUACUGUUUGGUUGCUUUGUUAAGCCUAUAGGAAUACACAAAAGCACUUGGCUUGUUACCAUCGCAUGUGGUCCUACUUUGCUCGAGUGAAACUGCAUGCGUAGUAUAUCUAGACCGAAAUGGUUUGCCGACGAGAACUGCCGUCGAACCCACCUUACACCCGCGGCUCCAUACCCACAUGUUUCGGGUAUCUUCCACGCUUUACGAGUAACCAGAAACCCUGUCGUACAGAUUGCGCCGUUGACGAUUACGGCGCAAAGGAUCUAGAUAUCAUGCCAGACGAGACUUCUUUUCGGUGUCCGGCUAGGACAUACAAAUACACAGAUGCUACCCCGGGCCAAGUUGGGCGCUGAGACGUGAUGAACCAAAGUUUCAGUGCGACGGAUGACAACCGGGUCCCAGGGUUGGAUGAUCACUUGUCCAUCUGACAGACCAAUUAUUAUGUGAUUCCCACACCGUGACACAUCGUGGGAGACAUGUCCUAACCGGGGAGGAAGUGAACGCGAUGCGGCGCAGCCCCAUCACGCGAGGCAAGGGGCCAGCCAGAAGCGGGCAUAUAAUUUUUUUUUUUUUUUUCUCUCUCUGACGAGUCACUCGCCG